AUGGAGUCAGCUCACACCAUGCCAGACGCAAGCACCUCGGCCCAAAGGAGCUCAUCACCAGUCGCACCGACUGCCAUCAUCUAUGCAAGGCCGGUGUCGCGGCAUCUGGUAAACCGCCGCGAACUGCAGACAAAAUCGAGCACGAACAGUCCGACCGCUCCAUCUUCCUCAGCGCAUGCCGACACGUCGUACGACAACCCCAUCGUGCUGUCCGACACCGAAUCCAACACCGACACCAUCGAUGACGUCGAGAUCGAAGACAGCUUCGCUGUGCCUGCUACGACCAGGACGGUAUCACAGGAACCCCUACCGCAUUCGCAGUCUGACGCGACCAAUCAGCACGACGAGAGCCGCUCGUCUACCACCCUCGACCGAUCCUACGCUACGUCGUUGAACAGCGACCUUCAUGCCAUCUCGGACGGGAGCCUUUCUUCGCUCAGCUCUGUUGACUCGGACAGCGACGAGGCGGAUGCCGCUGUCGAAAAGAGCACAGCUUCUGUCGACUCCCCGAGACAGACGCCUCGUCUCAAGCGCAAUCGUUCUCAGCUCGCAUCGACACCUUCGCGGGACUCGGAAGACGCUUCAGAGGCCACUGGCGCUUCGUCCUCCCGGACGCCCACGCCAAGCCGCAGAUCGGCUCGGAUCGUCUCUUCAGGGUCGAGCGUACAGAAGGCGCUUCAGAGACGAGACGAACUCGAUGCCAAGCUGCUUGCUUCUCCACUUCGACGCAAGGCUUCAACGCCCGAGGCACCACCACCGGCAAAGAGACCACGGGGCAGGCCCCGAAAGUCGGCGCCCGUCCCAGACACUCAGCCAUUGCUCGAGGCACCACCGGCAAAGAGGCCUCGAGGUCGGCCUAGAAAGUCUGCACCCGUCCCUGGUCUUGCGAUCCCAAAGAUACAGACGAACUCACCGUUGCAGAGUUCGGCGGCUUCCACUCCGGCUCGACGCAGCUCUCGACUGUCGCUGCCGGUUAUGACGCAAGCCUCUACUUCUCAGCCGACGGCCUCACCAACAAGCUCGAAAGCCGACCUAGCCCCACAGCAGGAAUCGGAUCGUGAGCCUAGACGGAGCAGACGAUCCCAAGGUAUCGAGACGGCCGAGACGGCCGCCGCGGGACGGACCGAGGUCAAGCAAUUGCCUGCCCCUGCACUGUCGUCCUCUUCGGCGAAGCCUCGAGAAGAAGUGAAGGCGACAAUCACAAAAGCCGGUGCCGUUACGAACAUUGCAGCUGACGCCUCUGCACGGGAUGUCUCUACGCCCCCGGUCAAGCGAGGUCCUGGCCGUCCAAGAAAGCAUCCGAUCGUCGUUCCACCUGCGCCGCAGUCACCGGCAACCCCUGCUCGAGGUCCUGGCCGUCCGAGGAAGCACCCCAUCAUCGCUUCGCCUGCGCUGCAGUCGCCAGCGACCCCUGUUGCGGAACAGAGGGGACCUGGCAUCUCGGACCGACUUCGCAAACGGAGCUCGCCGUUAGCCGGUGCAAUCGCUACCGUCCAGUCUUCGUCCACCACUCCAGUAGCACAGCCCGAGACCCCUCGUCGCAAGCGGGGCAGGCCACCGCGCGUCAUCCAAAGCGCUAGCAGCGAAAGUGCCCCUGCAUCUCCUGGCCCAUCGCGGACUCAGGCCUUCCCACUUAGCCCGGCUUCGCGCAAGAUCGCGAUUGACAUGCUCGACGAUGAUCUGAGCGAGCUGAGCGACGCCAGCGACAUGUCAAUGGACUCUGCUCAACCCUCGCAACUGUCUCGACGCUCGAAAGCAGUGGGGGCCAAAAGAAUGAAGCGCGCCAGCAAGCAGGACAAAGACGGAAAGCUGUACCACGUCGUCGGACUCUACGCCGGCGAAGCAGAUGCUGUUGCUUCCACCUCAUCUCGUCGUGCGGCUGAACUCCCGAAUGCGGUGCUGCCGACGCCGAUCCACUUUGGAGCGAAGCUGCUCACCGAGGAGCGCGAGUUCUGCCUUCCGUACCCCAUCCAUCAGUCCAAGGAUCAGCUUCGUGACAAAGUCAACGCCAAGCGAAAGCCGCCGCGCUAUCACCUGAUCAGCAAGAACAAGUACUUCUCACGCCCCAAGCUUCAGGGCGAAGUACCUCUGUGCAGCUGCAAGCCGGGCAGCGGGUGUGGCGCGGACUGUAUCAACCGCAUGCUUCAAUUCAUCUGCGACCCUAAGACCUGUCCUAGCGCCAGCAACUGCACCAACAUCAGCCUUGGUCGCCGACCCUCCAUUAAGACCACAACGGCGUAUUACGGACGACGUGGAUUUGGCCUGAAGACGCUCGAGCCCAUCAAGCAGGAUGACUUCAUCGACGAGUACAGGGGUGAAGUCAUCGACUUGAGCGAAGCAGGUAAGCGAGUGACCGAAGAAUACAAGGCCACUGGCAAUUAUUAUCUGCUCGACUACGACUCAGCCGCCGGAGAGCUGCUGGACGGUGGACGCAAAGGCAACAUCACUCGAUUCGCCAACCACUCCUGCGACCCCAAUUGCCGCAUCGAAAAAUUCAUCAUCUGCGGUACAGAUGAGGCACUCUCAGCCGAGUUUCAGAUUGGUCUCUUCGCGAAUCGCGAUAUCGAGGCGGGCGAAGAGCUGACGUACAACUACGGAUGGGCUGCCUUCCAACCUCGUGACAAUCUCACGGGAGCUCCGACGGCGCAGGUCCCGACCGAGCCGUGUCUGUGUGGAGCGGUCAACUGUUCAGGCAUCCUCGGUGGGAAGAAAGCGACCGUGCCCAAGGGUGCCGCAGACGAGAUGAAGGCCAAUUCGCGCACCAAGACGGCCAAGGGUCGAGGCAAGGGCAAGGGCAAGACGAGGAAGGCAGGACCGGGCUCUCGAGUCCGUAUGCGCGCUAUGACGCCGCUACUGACUGCUUCUCGCUUGUCGGCAGCCGCCAUGCCGAGCUCCGCCUUAUUGAGCCCCAAAGUCGGCCGAAGCUCGCGGAAGCGUGAACAAGCUCAGGCAUCGCUCAAUUUGCUCAACAAGAUGGUCCUCAAGCGCCAAGAACGCUCGGCUCGCGAGGCAGCCGAGACCGCCUCGUCUGCAUCGGCACCCCUCACAGGAGGCUCGAUGGACGCAAAUGCGACGAGAGUCCAACCGAACGGAGGGCCGAACGACGACGAUGCGAGUGCACAGUCGGUGCUCGAUCCCUCGGCCAAGGGGAGAAAGGCUGCAUCGACCUCGCGUGUCUCUGCGCUGUCUGGAUUGGCGGGUGAGCCAGCGAUCGCGCCGGCAACCAGCAUCGCACUGUCAGAGGCGCUUACAGCCUCAGCCUCAAACGCAUCAAAAGAAGCCGGCACGUCGCAGUCUGCCGCCACUAGCGCUCAAGCGAAUGGCGAUUCGACGCCGUCGCGUGCGGCUGCGAGUGGAUUAGUUGCGCGGCUGCCGAUUCUGAAGAAGUUCGGCGCCAAGCGGACGGGAGGCGCCUUUGGUCGUGCCGCAACAGCUGCGCGGGGUACCAAGGAUCGAAGAUGGACAGCGGCGGAAGCGCUCACAUCGGACGACGACGACACAUCUUCGUUGGGAAGGGAGCUGUCCGACUCAGACGAGCCCGCGGCAGAUGCCAAGGGUCAGGAGGGCGGCAAGAAGCGGCGUCAAGCUUCCACGGACGGAGCUCGCAGGCCGGGCCGACGUGGACGUCACAAGCUUCAGCUGAGCGGAGAGGAGGCAGAGCGUCGAGCAGCAGAGCGACGUGCCCGCAACGCCUUCCUAGCCCGUGUUCGUCGUGCCUCGAAGCGUGGCAUCGUGAUCGAAGAUCCGACGCAGCACCCGCUCAAGAAGAUCAGCAUCGAGUGCGCUGCCGCUCCCGACAACACGUACAUUCCGGAUCUGCCUUCGUCGUUGGUGACGCUGGGGAUGUCGACGGCAGAUGCACGCCGGGCCCGCAACGCCUUCCUUGCACGCGUUCGCAGGGCGAUGAAGCGGGGCUACGUCAAGGAGGUGGCCAUCAAAAUGGCCGCAAAGCCGCUGCCAGGCGAUCCGGAGCGAGACACGCCCAUUAUGAGGGCGCAACGAACCCGCAUGGAGAAGAUCCAGCAAGAGGCUGCGGACGAGCUAUACGGAAGACCGAGGAGCAGAGGAGCGGCUCCAGAGGCCUCUGGCAGCCAAGCGGCAGCGGCAGGCGCAGACGAGAGCUGGGUAGACGAGUCGAGUUGGGCGCAGUAA